AUGUCAUACGAAGGUUUGUCAUUCGUCAUUAUUGGCGGCAGCAUUGCGGGUCUAUCCUGCGCAUAUACUCUGCAAAAUGCUGGACAUAGAGUUACAGUACUCGAGAAGAGCGCCACCCCCUACGACGACCGGUUGGGAUCCAUACAAUGUCCUCCAAAUAUGACUAGGAUCCUGAAAACGUGGGGCUUGACUGAGUGGAUAGAUAAGUUUUCUGUUAAGAUGAAUGCGAUAGUAAUGAGAGAAGGGAGCACAGGGGAGAAGAUGGGUCUCGUCAUCUUUCACCCAGAAAUUAUGCGACAGUUGAGAGCUGAUUAUGUUACCCUACCGUAUCGCUCGCUCUGGUCCGUUUUGCAUGACAUGGCCAUACGAGCCGGCGCCGACAUACGAUUGGGUGAAACUGCUGUUCAAGUGGAUCCUGACCCUCCUUCCGUCCUCCUUUCCUCCGGCGAAGAGCUACGAGCAGAUUAUAUCAUCGGGGCUGACGGCUAUGAGAGCAUGAUCAAAGAGGUCGUCCUUGACCAUCAGCUCAGAGGUGCUAUGGAUAGAAGAAGUCUCACAGUUCCUACGGAGUCAAUGAGACAAGAUGAGGAUCUCUAUUGGAUUGAUCAAGUGUGGCAGUGGGACAUAUGGCUGGGAGACGGCUCGUGUGUACAUGGUUUUCUCUCCAGGGGGAAACGUGAAUAUACACUAGAGCUGAUCCUCAGUGGUUCGGACUGGGAAUUCCGCCAAGACCGGAAUGGGCAAGUCUGUCCUCAGGAUAUUGACAUGCACCUGAGCCACUUCGAGCCUCGUAUCGGGAAGAUAGUGCGACUGGCUGACAAGCUCAUACCGACGACGUACUAUCUGUACCAGGAAGACUGUCCUAAUUUGGUACAUGAGUCCGGGAACGUCUUAUUAGUUGGAGAAGCCGCACAUCCUCUUCCGCCCGGUGCAGGAGGCAAUGCUGCAGCUUGCCUGGAAGAUGCUGUCACACUCGGAGAGCUCCUCUCACACUGUAAAUCGAAGGAUAGAGCUCCUAUCUUCAUCGCUGCCUUCGAAGAUAUACGCCUAUCGCGCUCCUCGUACAUCAGAAAGUCGGAGCACUUCCGGUGGGGGCUUAUAACCGUGCCUUCGGGAUCAAAAGAGCAAAAGAUGCGCGACGAGAAUUUCCGUUCGGCGCUCCCCCGCGCUUCUAGGGGCUGGGAAGACGCCGACGAGGAGUUACUCCGAGACAUUUGGGACGACUAUAUCACUCUGUUCGAUUAUGAAGCACAGGAAGCAGUUGAAGAGUGGUGGACGAGAUGGGGCUCACUAAUAUGA